UUCGAGUUGUCACGUAGCAUCAUUCGCCCGCCCAGCAAGCUCGAAGAAAGACUCUCGUGUUACUUAUUAUAGUAAUUGACUGAAAAAAAUAAUUAUCAUGGCUCUUGUUGAAUCUACUAAAGAGAAUAUCUUCAGAAAUCUCGAAAAUAUGAAGCUAAAAGAAAACAUAUCUCCCAUCAAAAGAACUGAAUCACCCAACAAAGCAUCACCAUCAAAAAAACUCUGCAUGUCGCCUGAAAUUUCCCGUGAAGCUGAAGUUAAAACCCAGGUCGUUCAACAGGCAGUUAAAAAAUUGGACUUUCAAGAAAAUGAAUUUGACGCUCAGAUAGAACCCCUUUUGAAAGAAAAUCCACGUCGGUUUGUUGUUUUUCCGAUAGAAUGGCCAGAUAUCUGGGCUAUGUACAAGAAAGCUGAAGCGUCUUUUUGGACUGUAGAGGAAAUUGACUUGUCUAAAGAUAUAGAUCAUUGGGUAAAAUUAACAGACGAUGAACGUAAAUUUAUUUCACACAUUCUGGCCUUUUUCGCGGCUUCUGACGGUAUAGUAAAUGAAAAUCUCGUAGAAAAAUUCAGCCAGGAAGUGCAAGUCACCGAAGCUCGUUGUUUCUACGGUUUUCAAAUAGCAAUUGAAAAUGUUCACUCUGAAAUGUAUUCUUUGCUGAUUGAUACCUACAUAAAGAAUGACAAAGAACGAGAAUACCUGUUCAACGCGAUCGAGACUCUUCCAUGUGUUACUAAGAAAGCUGAAUGGGCACUAAAUUGGAUAAGUAAUGACAAAGCGACUUUUGCUGAAAGAGUAAUAGCUUUUGCAGCUGUCGAAGGCAUUUUCUUCAGCGGAAGUUUCGCCUCUAUAUUCUGGUUGAAAAAGAGAGGGCUUAUGCCUGGACUGACGUUCAGCAAUGAAUUAAUAUCUCGUGACGAAGGAUUACACUGCGAUUUUGCUUGCUUGAUGUUCAAACACAUAGUUCAAAAGCCAUCCAAGCAACGUGUUACUAGCAUUAUCAAGGACGCCGUAAAAAUAGAGCAAGAAUUUUUAACAGUCGCUCUACCAUGUCAAAUGAUUGGCAUGAACUGUGACCUCAUGUGUCGUUACAUUGAGUUUGUUGCUGAUCGACUUCUUCUUGAGCUUGGUUGUGAAAAGGUUUACAAUUCAGAGAAUCCCUUCGAUUUUAUGGAACACAUUUCCCUUGACGGCAAGACAAACUUUUUUGAGAAAAAAGUGGGUGAAUAUCAGAAGUUCGGUGUCAUGCCAUCUGAUUCAACUCAAUUCACUCUUGAGUGCAAUUUCUAAAUUAAUUAACUGAUUUUUUUUUGUAAAUAAUUCUACUAUUAUAAUUUGACGAUUUUUCGUAAUAAUGACUACGACCAAAAUUUUAAUUAACACCAAUCAUUACUAUUAUUAUUAUCAUUAAAGGGGAAAUGCAAACGCAAUUUUUACAAUUAGUUCAUUUACUGUACUAUUGUUUAAUUUACUUAAUGUUUAUGGUUUCCCAAUUUUUAUAUUUAUUGUAACAUUUAUAAAAUUGUAAUUUGUGAAAAAAAGAUAGUAUUAAAAUAUGUAUUUCAUUA